CCUGAUCAGCCGCUCUCAUAUGCGGCUCGUCACGCUUUUGGGAUCGUUUGUCGUGUCGGUAGCAAUGGCAGUUAUCUCUGUCGCACCUCCAUUCGGCCUCUUGGUCGCCAUCUUCGUCGCACUGGGAUUCGGUGAAGGUAUCCUAGAAUCCGCAAUGGGCUCCCACGUUGCACAUUUCGAGGACACUGUAAUGAUGAACGUACACUACUCACUAUACGGUCUCGGAGCGUUCGUUGCGCCCUUGGUCGUUUCCGCCUUCAUUGCGCACGACAUCCCAUGGCAACGGUACUACCUCUUCCCACUCGCGAUCAGCAUUGUGGAGAUGGGCAUCCAAUUGUACGCUUUCUGGAACUACGAAGCACCACCUCAAAUUCACACAGGUGUCACGCCCCAACAGCGCUCCAAGUUCCGUCUUAUGCUCAAGAAGCGCGUUAUGUGGGUCGGCUCCUUCGUCGCUUUCCUUGCUUUCGGAUUGAAUUCGACAAUCGGUGCGUGGCUCGUGACUUACCUCUCGGUGAAACGCAGAGGGUCGGAUACGGAGACUCGCUACAUCACGGCUGGGUUCUACGCCGGAGUCACCCUCGGACGCUCACUCCUUGCCUAUCCCGUCUCAAGAAACCCGAAGGUCGUCUGCGCCGUCUUCCUCGCCCUGAUCGUCGCAUGCCAACUCAUCGCAUGGCUUUGCACCUCCAUCAAGGUCGACGCAGUCUUCGAGGCCUUCAUCGGGUUCUUUCUCGGACCAAUGUUCCCCACGGUCCUCAGCCUGGUUACGGAAGGUCUGGACCGUGCUUCCGUUCCUUUUGGAGUCAGUUUCAUGGUGUGUGUCGGGUUGACUGGGAAUGCUUUGUUGCCUUUCUUGGUUGGACAACUUGCUUCGCAUCUGCAGAUGGGAAUCGGUGUGUUGCAGCCCGUUACUCUUGCCUGUAUGCUGGUCAUGACCGGUGCUUGGCUGUUGAUGCCUUCAAGGAAGAAGACGCAGUGAUCGUCAUUGACGGAGAAGAAAAAACAAAUCUGCCUUAGCUAACUAGUCCUCUUAUACCUAUCCUGAUAAUCAAAUCUUCUCAAACACCUAUCAAGCGAUACGCUAUGAAAGCUGCCCCAACGAAGAAAGCACCGGAAAGCACUGGCCUAACGGUCUGCCACAAACUCUUCUUCAAAAUCAACUGGAUCCUCUCAUCAAACGAAGCAGUCUCGUUCACCCG